GUGCCGCCCAGGCUGGCGGCUUGGCGCAUGCGCGGGGGUCGGGCUGCGCCGCCGCCGCGCUGCGCCCUCCCCGCCGCACCUGCGCCGCUCCGCCGCCAGCCCCGCCAUGGCCGACCCGCGCCUGAGGCAGAUCAAGAUUAAGACCGGCGUCGUGAGGCGAUUGGCAAAAGAAAAAGUUAUGUAUGAAAAAGAAGCAAGACAGCAAGAAGAAAAGAUUGAAAAAAUGAAAGCUGAAGCAUGUGAUGAUUAUGGAAUUAAGAAGCAGAUCGAGAUCUUACAAGAGUCACGAAUGAUGAUUCCAGACUGCCAGCGCAGAUUAGAAGCUGCACAUGCAGAUCUUACUCAGCUACUAGAAAAUGAAAAAGAAUUGGAAGAAGCUGAAGAAUAUAAAGAAGCACGUUCCAUACUGGAGUCAGUGAAGCUGGAAGCCUAGAAGUUUUUCAGUACUCUCUUUAUAUGCAUUAGCACUGGGUUCAUUCCACACUUUCAUUUGACUAUGGCUCUAUUACUAUUGUUGACUGCUCUAGUGGCAGAGAUUGUAGGUUGGUUGUUUGUGGUUUGUGUUUUUGUUCUCUUUUUUUUUUUUUAAUGUGUGUAUGGUUGGACUCGAUCUCAAAGGUCCUUUCCAACCACGAAGAUUCUAUGAUUCUAUGACUUGCUAAGGUUCCCUUUGUGCAAACUGGCCCUUCUCUAAUUGCAAGAAGCAUCAAAUAAAGGAUGUUCUGAAACAUCCGUGUAUUCCAUAUUCAGGCAAAGUAGAAGCAUUUCCAGUUCACCUCAGUUACAGAAAGGAAAAAUAAGGCCUAUUUAAUGUAAGCGUAAUAGCUAAUAUACAGAACUUAACAAUUCAAGCUAAGAAACAAAGUUCAGCUACGUAAGAAAUGUGAGGGACCAAUAAAUACUUUAGAAUUAAAUAGAAUCAGAAUGGGUUGGUUGGAAGAAACCUUAAAGAUCAUGUAGUUCCAACACCCUGCCGUGGGCUUUAGAAGCACCUUAUAUUUGAAAUAAUUUCAGGCCAUUAUAGUAUAACAAUUUGUACUGAAAGAGGAGAUGGACUAAAUGACCCUUCAAAGUCACCCACCUUUUUUUCUAUGAUGCAAUUUAUCUGUAAUUUUAUGAAGUAUCUACUCCUUGUUUAUCUUUGAACCCAAGACAGAAUUAAGAGCUGAUUCAAAAUCUUUCUCAGUUUGCCUGGGGUUGAUUUGUAGAACCCAAUUCACAGUUACCAUUGAUCGAAAUUCUGUUACUUUCUCAAGAAGUAGAAUUUAGCACCUGACUAGUACGUUGUCGGUUGGAUCUGCUGGUAGGAGUUUUGGAUUGAAUGCUUUUCCUGAAAGCACCUUAGCCUAAGUGAUUUUUUUUUCUUUUUUUAAACAAAAGCUCAAACCCCAGAAGAUGAAAGAGAACUAAAUGGGUAAGGGAACAAUGCUUAAUCUGCCUGGAAGACCAUUAAAACAUUAUGUACAAAAGCUGUGGUUCUUUCAGAAUAGCUUCUCUAAACAGCAAACAGUAAGCUCUGCUGAUGAACAAGAAAGCUUUUUACAUUAGUUUUUCUAGUUCGAAAGUGUUCUGGCAUGUUCCUUAAAGGCAACACAAAGCACAGUGUACCUUUUGUGUGGUGCUAUAUUGAAUACUCUUAAUAAAAAUUUUUGUUAAUUUGCUUGA